UUUCCCGAUUGCUGCUAUGCCCUUGCCUGGCGUUGCGCGCGCCGAUCUGGCUGGCGUUUCGCUGCAUGUGCGCAAGCGCUCGCCGUGGCUGUACGGCUACGUCUGGCCAUUCGCGGUGCUGUACCUGGCCUGGUUUCUGGUCGUCUUUGUGCACUUUGAGGCCUGGCGCGCCAUCGAUCUGGAGGGCGCGGACGCUGCCGAGGCUGCCGCUGCAGACGCUCGCCUGCCUGCUGACGAGUACCUGGGCGACGUGCUCAACGCCACCGCCGCGGGCGUCUCGGGCGGCUCGUCCGAUGCGCUGCUUGCCACGAGCGAUGAACCGCCCCGCGUUCGAUCGACCGAGGAGCUCGCACUCGAGUACGGCCUGCUCGCGCUGUUCGGGCUCGUGUUUGCCAACAUUCUCACCGUGCUCGCAUGCGAGUGGUCUGUCGAUGUCAAAAUCCGCAUGACCUGCAGUCCUGCAUCCGACAUUUACUCUGCGACUCUUGUCAAGGCCACUCCGCUGCCAAACUCUGGCGCCGCUGAACUCGUUCCUCUUCUGUUCAAACAGUCAUUGAGCAGCGCAACUGCCCGACCGGAUGUCAUGUUCGUCUUUCAAAAGACACAGUUUGUCUACGACGCCGAGAAAAACCAGUUUGGCACAGUGGACCUGCCCAUCGGCCGCCCGCUGUCUUUCUACCGCGCCGCGCGAGGUCUCAGCGACGAGACGGAAGUGGAGCGCACAGAGCGCAAAUACGGCCCCAACAAGUUUGACAUCCCGAUCCCGCCAUUUAGCCAGCUGUUCAAAGAGCACGCCACAGCCCCGUUCUUUGUCUUCCAAGUCUUCUGCGUGCUGCUGUGGUGCUUGGACGAGUACUGGUACUACAGCGUCUUCACCUUGGUGAUGCUGGUCGUUUUCGAGGCGACCGUUGUGCAGCAGCGCCUGCGAAACUUGCGCGAGCUGCGACAAAUGCGACUCAAGCGCUACCAGAUCUACGUCUUCCGCGAUCGCAAAUGGCGUCAAAUUCCUUCCGACCGAAUCCUCCCGGGCGAUCUCUGCUCGUUCACUCGCCACCAAGACGACACUGCCAUGCCGUGCGAUGCUCUUCUUCUCAGUGGCACUUGCAUUGUCAAUGAGGCCAUGCUUACUGGCGAGUCUGUUCCCCAAAUGAAGGAACCGGUUCACCCCACGGCCGAAGACCUGUUGGAUAUUGAGCGUGGAAGCAAGGUGUCCUUGGUGUUUGGCGGCACCAAGAUUGUUCAGCAUGCCGCUGCCGAGGAACGGACGGAGGACAAGUAUCAUGCACCCGAUGGUGGUUGCGUUGGCUACGCCUUGCGAACUGGAUUCAACACCUCGCAGGGCAAGCUGGUCCGCACCAUCCUGUUCAGCACCGAGCGCGUGACGGCCAAUACUCUUGAAAGCUUCAUGUUUAUCCUGUUCCUGCUGAUUUUCGCGAUUGCUGCCUCUGUCUACGUCUGGAUUUAUGGCGCCGAAUCCAACCCGGACCGCAGCACGUACAAGCUCCUGCUCGAAUGCAUCUUGAUCAUCACCUCGGUGGUUCCUCCCGAGCUGCCGAUGGAGCUUUCACUCGCCGUGAACUCGUCCCUGAUCGCGCUUGCCAAGUUUGCAAUCUUUUGCACCGAGCCCUUCCGCAUCCCCCUGGCCGGCAAGGUCGAUAUCUGCUGCUUUGACAAGACUGGCACAUUGACCAGCAACGACCUGAUUGUCGAGGGCGUCGCGGGUAUUUCUGCGACAAAUCCCGAAGAAAUCCUGGCCGUCGGCGACAGCCCCGACCACACCACGCAUGUGUUGGUCACCUGCCAUUCUCUGAUGCACGUGGAUGACGGCUUGGUUGGCGACCCGAUGGAGCGCGCUACUCUGCUUGCUGCAAACUGGAAUUUGACCAAAGGUGACGUUGCCAUUCCGAAAAAGAGCAACAAGCGGCAAACACUCAAAAUUUUGCAACGACACCACUUCUCGAGUGCGCUCAAGCGCAUGUCUGCCGUUUGCUCGUUGGACUUGGAGGGCCAGCUGUCUGUUGUGGUGACGGUGAAGGGUGCUCCGGAAAUGAUUGCAGGGAUGCUCGAGCAGGUGCCCGACUUUUACGAAGAGACGCACAAGGCGUUUGCGCGCCGCGGUGCUCGUGUGCUGGCUCUCGCGUACAAGAAGCUUCGUGAUGUUUCCCAGCAUGCGGCCAAAGAUAUUCCGCGCGAGCAAUUGGAAUGUGGCUUGACCUUUGCUGGGUUUUUGAUUCUGCGUUGCCCGCUCAAGCCCGAUUCGCAGGCGGCGCUCAAGAUGAUUGCUGACGCGUCUCAUUUGAUGGUGAUGAUUACGGGCGACAAUCCGCUGACUGCCUGCCAUGUGGCUCGCGAUGUACACAUUGCAAGCAAGCCGUUGUUGAUCCUUGGUGGCGGCGACGCAGAUUUGCAUGCCGAAGCUGGAGAGUGCACCUGGCAAUCGGUCGACGAAAAAGAAGGCUUCCCUCUGGCGCAGUUGCUGCCCGGCAAUUCGGAUCGUGCUCGAAUCCUCGCCAAGUACGACCUUUGCGUUACCGGCAGCGGCCUGAAGCAUGUGUUGACCAGCGAUCCUCGAGUUUUCAACGGCAUGCUCCCAUUCAUUCACGUGUUUGCUCGUGUCACACCUGAUCAGAAGGAGGCGAUUGUCGUCGCCAUGAAAAACGCUGGCUAUGUGACUCUGAUGUGCGGAGACGGUACGAACGACGUCGGUGCCCUCAAGCAAGCGCAGGUUGGUAUCGCGUUGCUCGAUGGAACUCCCGAAAGCCUGGCAAAAGAGCGCGAACGCCUUCGAGCUCUGGCACGUGAGCGCGCGCGCAAGAUGGCCGAGGACAUGGCUGCCCGCUGGGGCGCCGCGCGUCCCCGAGCAACCCUCCCCAACGGCACUGCGGCACCCGAGCUGACUCCGCGACAGCAACAGCAGCAACAGCAAAUGGCGAACGCCUCCAAAGCCAUGUCGGACAUGAUGCCAGACAUGGAGGACGCCGAAGUGCCGCUGGUCAAGCUCGGCGAUGCGUCGAUUGCCUCCCCGUUCACCUCCAAGCUGAACUCGGUGAUGGCUGUUUGCCACAUUAUUCGUCAGGGUCGCUGCACCCUUGUGACCACGCUCCAAAUGUUCCGCAUUCUUGCCCUCAACUGCCUGAUCUCUGCCUACAGUCUCAGUGUCCUCUAUCUCGACGGCGUUCGGCUCGGCGACGUGCAGGCGACUGCGCAAGGCAUGCUCCUCGCUGGCUGCUUCCUCUUCAUUUCCCGCUCCCAGCCCGCCGAGAAGCUCUCAAAGCAGCGCCCACUCCCCAAUAUCUUCAACCCCUACAUGCUCCUCACCGUGCUCUGCCAGUUUGCCGUGCAUUUGGCAUGCCUGAUGUUUGUAGUCUACGAGGCCAAGCUGCUUUCGCACGAGAGUGACGCUGUUCGCCGCAAGCAUGACAAAAAAUUCGAACCCAGCAUCUUGAACAGCGCUGUUUACAUUAUUGCAAUGUGCAUGCAGAUUUCAACCGUGACUGUCAACUACCAGGGUCGUCCAUUCAUGCAGGGACUUUCUGAAAACAAGCCUCUGCGGAUUGCCAUCAUGAUUUCCUUUGGUAUCAUCGUGGCUACCGUGUCUGGACUGUUCCCCGAGGUCGCCUCGGGCCUGCAGAUUGUCGAGUUUGAUGCCGAGUUCCGAGCGAAACUGAUCGGCGCGCUGGUGGUGGACCUGGGCGUCACGUUCUCUCUCGAUCGUCUCCUUGGCGCGAUUUUCAACCGGAACGUCCCUCGCUUCGUCACCUAUUAAACUCUAGCGCGUGUUGUUUGGUGUUGUCUUGUCACAGUACAUUUUGGUUUGGAUUUGA